AUGAACUCCUCCAGUAACCGCUCAGUGGGCUCUUACCCCCGCGCCGGAGCACAAACACCCCGGCAGUGGAACAUGGCACCGGCUGCUGCCCCCAUCAGGCCUGUCUCUGUUAACACAGACCUCCUAACUCCCGUGGAUCUCCAGCUGGACCCUGACCUGCAGGCUGUGCGGACCCAGGAGAAAGAAGAGAUCAAAACUCUCAACAAUCGCUUUGCCUCCUUCAUCGAAAAGGUCCGUAAAUUAGAGCAGGAGAACAAGCUUUUGGAGACUAAAUGGCAGCUGCUACAGAAAGAGGCCAAACCUGAGUCUAAACUGGAGCCCAUGCUGAAGUCCUACAUCACUUCACUGCAGGCAAAGCUGGAGCGGGUGAACAAAGACAGAGAACACCUGGAUGCUGAACUCAGGAAUGCCCAAGCGCAGACUGAGAAACAACAUCAAAGGUAUGAAGAUGAGAUUAACAACAGAGUCAAAGCUGAAAAUGAGUUUGUUCUUCUGAAGAAUGAUGUGGAUACUGUACUCGUAGAUGAACAUGUCUUGGCAGAUAAAGUAACUGAAGUCCUGGAAGACCUGAACUUUUUCAAGAGCUACUAUGAACAGGAGAUACGUGAGCUGCAGGCUGACCUGAAGGACACGUCCAUUGUGGUGCAGAUGGACAACAGCAGGCAGCUGAACAUGGACAAGAUCAUCGAUAAUAUGAAGAGCCAGUAUAAGGAGAUUUCAGCAUGCAGCCAAAAGGAUUCUGAGGCCUGGAUCAAGUUUGAUUUGAUCUCAUCACAGGCUCGCCAGUGUAACACUGAGAUAAAAGAUAGCAAAGGUGCAAUAGCUGAUUUAAAAAGGCAGAUAGUGAGACUGCAGAAGGAGAUAGCCUCAGCUAAAUCUCAGCGUGAGAACGUGGAUGACCAAAUCAAAGAGGCGGAUCGUAGUGGUGAGGGGGCGGUGCAUGACGCGAAAGAACAAAUCAGAGCACUGCAGGAUGCACUGCAGAAAGCCAAACAAGACAUGACCAGAAAUAUUCGAGACUACCAGGAGCUGAUGAGUGUCAAACUGGCUCUGGAUAUUGAGAUCGCCACCUACAGGAAACUACUGGAAGGAGAAGAGAACAGGUGAACUGUAGGGCUUAAGCAAUUAACUGAAUUUAAAAUAAAG